AUGAAGGUUUAUACAGCAUUGGCUCUCUUGAUGGCAGUUAUUUCGUUAACAGCUGAUGCAGCACCCACCUCGAAACAAUCCAUAUUCAAAGUUGACUUGAAGAAGAAUGAUUUACCCGAAUAUUUUACUUGGCUCCAAAAGUCGUUGAUCGAAAAAAAUCGUGCAAUAUUGAAAUAUUCGGAUAAUAUUCGAUUAGCCUAUGAUCAUGGUUUAGUCGGUCAAGAAGCCAUCGUAAAAUUAGAUGCUGCUACCACUCCUGUAUUUGGAAAAGGAAAACACGGCAAAGGCAGCAAUGGUAGCAAGAAUGGUGGCAAAAACAAUAACAAUCCCGAUAAUGGUCAACCUGACAAUUCCGGAAAUCCCGAUAAUGGUCAACCUGACAAUUCCAACAAUCCUAAUAAUGGUCAACCUGACAAUUCCGGCAAUCAACCCGACAAUUCAGGCAAAGGAAUUGUCAACAACCCUCUUAAAGAUCAAGGAAUGGAUAUUGGUUAUCACGGUCCAGUUCAAAUAGGCGGACAAACAUUUGAUGUAAUUUUUGAUACCGGUUCUGCUGAUCUUUGGAUACCUGCACAAGCAUGCAAUGAUGCAGCUUGUAAAGCUCAUAAAUCUUUUGACCCGAAAAAAAGCAAAGGAUUCACAACUGAUAAUAAGCCAUUUCAAAUUAGAUAUGGUACUGGUGAAGUUUCUGGAGUUAUUGCAAAAGAUGACAUCUCAAUUGCUGGUGCAGUAGCAAAGGGUCAAACUUUUGGACUUUCAACAAAAAUGUCGCAAGAUUUUCAAGAUACAGAAUUCGAUGGAAUACUCGGAAUGGGCCUUGAUCAAUUAAGCUCACAAAAAGCAAAAACGCCUUUUUCUGAUCUUGUUACACAAAAUGCCGUAAAAGAUUCAGUUUUUGGUUUCUUCCUUGGACGUCAAAAAGAUGGCAGCAACAGUCAAUUAACUCUUGGUGGUAUUGACUCCUCAAAGUUCACCGGCCAACUCAAGUAUAAUAAACUUGUGAGUAAUGUUGGUUACUGGGAGAUCGCUUUAGACGAUGCUAGUGUCAACGGCAAGCCUCUUGGAUUCAACAAAAAGACUGCCAUCAUUGAUACUGGCACGACUCUUCUCAUAGCUCCUCCUGCGGAUGCUGAUGCUAUCCACAAAGAAAUUAAAGGUGCUGUUUCUCAACAAGGUGAAUACUUUGUCCCAUGCAAUACUGAUGCUGUCGUUGCUCUCACUUUCGGUGGAGUCACCUAUAAAAUUUCACCAAAAGAUCUUGCUCGUGAACCAACAAAACAAAAUAAUAUGUGUUUAUCUGGUAUUGCUGGCGGUAAUAUCGGUGGAGCUGACCAAUGGUUAGUCGGUGAUACUUUUCUCAAGAACGUGUAUAGUGCCUACGAUAUUAAAAAGCUUGCCGUUGGAUUUGCACCAGUUAAAUAA